UUCGAUUCUCCAAUGUACACUUUCAUUUCGAUAAGGAAAUUGCUGCACGCUUGAUUAAAUGUUAUUCACUAUCUCGUUCGCAUAUUGCAUGUAUUGUACUUUGAGAGACUCAUCUAUUUAUUAUUUAGAUUACUAGUUAUGAAGCAGAAAUCAAUCGUCUUAAUCAUUCUAUUCAAAAUCGUGAACAACUUUUCGAUCAGAAUCAGUUAAAUGAUCAAGAUAUCAAGGAACUGGCCGAUGAUAUUGGCCAACGGUGGCUUAUUAAUAAAUUUUUACAACAGCUUCGACAAGAUGAGUGA